AUGCCCGGGACACUCACAGCAGCGCAGUCCUUCUACAUCGGGAUGGAGGUGCUGAUCGCCGUUUCGUCUGUGCUCGGGAAUGUGAUGGUGGUUUGGGCAGUAAAGAUAAACAAGUCACUCAGAGACACCACGUUUUGUUUCAUUGUGUCUCUCGCGCUCGCGGAUAUCGCAGUAGGAGCCCUAGUGAUACCCCUCGCAAUCACUAUCAGCAUCGGACUCCAAACUCAUUUCUAUAGCUGCCUGCUCGUGGCGUGCACGGUGCUGGUGCUCACACAAAGUUCUAUCCUGGCGCUGCUGGCCAUCGCUAUUGACCGUUACCUCAGGGUCAAGAUCCCCACCAGGUACAAGCGCGUGGUGACUCCUCGUAGAGCCGGUUUGGCUGUAGUGCUCUGCUGGACCGUUGCCUUCAUUGUGGGACUGACUCCGAUGUUGGGCUGGAACAACCUAUGGCGCCUGCAGCAGAACUCCUCCACUAUCUCCUCAGACCUCAUUAUCACCUGCCAGUUUGAAACAGUCAUCAGUAUGGACUACAUGGUGUACUUCAACUUUUUUGGAUGGGUUCUGCCCCCGCUGGUACUCAUGCUUGUUAUCUAUGCAGAGAUCUUCUACAUGAUCCACAAGCAGCUCAACAACAAGAAGAUCAAUACAAGUCAUUCAGAUCCAAACAAGUAUUACGACAAAGAGUUAAACCUCGCGAAAUCUUUGGCUCUUGUGCUCUUCCUGUUUGCGAUCAGCUGGCUGCCCUUACACAUCAUCAACUGCAUCACUCUAUUCUGUCCGGAGUGCAACAAACCAAUUGCUUUGCUCUACGUCGCCAUCUUGCUAACUCAUGGGAACUCUGCUGUCAACCCCAUCGUUUAUGCGUUCCGGAUCAAAAAGUUCCGCACGGCAUUCCAGAAAAUUUUGCAGCAGUAUUUUUGUUGCAAGGACCUUCCUGUCUUAGAAAUCCAGCCGAGUGAUAGGAAAGACAUGCCCCAGUCACCUCCUUCCAUGCAGAAACCCAUGCUCAAAUUGGAUAUUCCCCCCCAGAAUGGGCAGCGAGAUAAGGGGAACCAGGAGUCCAAAGACCAAGCACUGGAACAGAAUGCUGUAUAA